UUAGAUAAUUUUUAAAUGGGGUUAAUAAAACUUAAAAAUAAUAUUAAUGGAUAAGAAGAAUGAUAUAAACACGUUUAUAUGGAAGGCAGAAGGGAGUUUACUUUCAUUAGCAGCGAAUCAAGGAAAAGAUCGUGUGGCAGUAGUCGGUAGAGAAGUUCUUAAGAUAUUAGAUGUUUAUGGUGGGAGAAUAAAUGGAGAGGUUUAUCUAUAUGGAGGAAAUCGUUGGAGUCCAACCUUUUCAUCAUGCGAUGUUAAAUGGGGGUGUGGAGGCACGCGUAAUAUCUUAGCAACAGCGUCUACAAAUGGGUCUAUUGUUUUAUGGGAUUUAACGAGACCAUAUGGAGAUCAAAUUGAUAGAAUUAUUACAGAACAUUUUCGUUCGGUAAAUCGACUUGCAUUUAAUCAUUUGACAGGAUAUUUGCUUUUAAGUGGGUCACAAGAUGGAAAUAUUAAGCUUUGGGAUUUAAGGGAUAGAAAUGGGACAUCGAAAUAUACGAUGCAAGGAAAAGCAGAAUCAGUUAGAGAUAUUCAGUUUAAUCCGAAUUCAGGGAAUGAAUUUAUAGCGGGAUUUGAAAAUGGGAGUAUUCAGCUUUGGGAUAUUCGAAAGCCUAAUAUAUAUGAACGUAAAAUUAAUGCUCAUAAUGGUCUUACACUUACACUUGAUUGGCAUUCGGAUGGACGACAUAUUGCAACAGGAGGAAGGGAUAGAAUGAUUAAAGUAUGGGACAUGUUUUCAGAUUCUCAUAAACCGAUUUCAGUUAUACAAACUAUGGCGCCAGUUAGCAAAAUUGCAUGGAGACCUAUUUCUAAUAGAAGAAGUGAAAAUGUUUUAGAAACUGAAAUUGCUAGUUGUUCAUUAGUAUCGGAUUAUAAAAUAUACAUUUGGGAUAUACGACGUCCUUAUAUACCAUGUCGUGUUUUUGAUAAACAUGAUAAUGUAACGACUGGAAUUGUUUGGAAGGAUGAAAAUUAUUUAUGGUCAUGUUCUAAAGAUAAAACAUUCAUUCAGCAUUCGGUUUCUACUGCUGAUAUUCCGUUGAAUUCUAUUCCUAUUAUAAGCAUGGACUGGAGUCCUUUGGGAGAUUUAAGCAUUGUAUUACAAAAUAGAUAUACAGAAAUGAAUUAUUUUAAUACAGAAUAUUUGAGCUCAGUAGAAGAUGAAAGUAUAUCAAGGGAAAAUAAAAAGCAUUUUCGAUUACAUUAUCGUACUAGUAAAACGCUUAAUAAUAUUGUAAGUCAGUUAUAUAAACCAUUGCAUAUUUCUGGAACAAUUGUUAUUCCAGAUCUUCAAUAUUAUGGUUUUACAUAUCUUGCUCAACAUUAUAAUAUUACUGCAUCAUCUAAUCUCUCGGUAUCUCAAGCAUGUGAAAACAAUGCUAAUUUUGCAUUAAAUAUACGAAAAUAUCGCACUGGUCAAACAUGGAAAAUACUUCAGUAUCUUGUAGAAAAUAAAAAGUAUUCAAUCGAAAAUUCUACACAUAUUAAUAAAACCACUAAUACUGAUAAACCUAUCAAACAUGAUUACAAAAAUAAUGAUGAUUUACUUUUUAAAAUGUCUUUGAAAAACAAUAUGAGCGAAUCUAAAACUUUAUUCAAUAAAGCAAGCUCUGUAUCUCGUAAAAAUGUUAAUAUGUUUUUACAAAGUGAUCGCGUUGGUAAACAUUUUAGAAGCAAUACAGAAUCAAUACUUUUGAAACAAAAUGUUUUAAAUGAUGAGAAUAUAUUUGACAAAAAUCGUGCAAAUAUAAGUUUAAAUGAUGAGAUACAUGGUUUAUAUGAUUUUCAUAAUAAUUUCGAAACAAUUUCUCAAAGUUUUAACCCUGAUUUUAUCAUGACUUCUUUCACAACUGAUUUUGACCGAGAAAAGCAUUUAAAAUAUUCUGAUACAAAGAAUAAUAAUCUACUUGUCAAACCUCGUUUUCCUAAUCUCGAUACUACUGAGAAUACAUAUCCCUGGUCUCUAAACUUUCUUAUUCAAACUCUAGCCGAAUAUUAUAGUGAAAUAGGUGAUAUUCAAAUGUGUGCUACUAUUGUUUUGUUAAUGAGUAAAUAUACUAAUUUUGAUUCUUUAAAAAUGGAAAAAUGGAUUGGCGAAUAUAUUGAGCUUUUACAAAAAUAUAGAUUGUUUAUAACUAUGACAGAAGUUAUAAACGCUUCAUCAUCCUUACUUAUAAGAGCAUUAAAUCAAUCUGAAACCUCUGUUUAUAUAAAUUGUUAUUCCUGUCAAAAACCAAUUAUAAAUCAAAAACCUAAUAACACUUUUUCAUAUUGUAAACAUUGUCGAAACAUACCCAAUGGUUGUACAAUUUGUGAUAUACCUGUAAAAGGUCAAUAUUUAUGGUGUCAGAGUUGCGGUCAUGGUGGACAUACUCAAUGUCUUAAAAAUUGGUUUAUUAAUAACUAUAAUCAUUAUGGUACUUGUCCUGCUAUAGAUUGUAAUCAUCAUUGCGCUCUUUUUAUACAUAAUCACAAGGCUUUCUUUCCAUAAAAAUACCUAUUUAUAUAAAUUUGUU